AUGCGGCGUACGGCGGCUCUUCUCACCGCCACCCCCGAGCGGUUUACAAUUCUCGGCACAACCCAUCAACGUCCACGCCGCAGCGGGUUUGGUAGAAACAACAAAAUGCGCUCAAAGCCCAGCGACAAUGUUGCCUGGUACGAUAAGGGACCAGUCGAGUGGCUGCCGCGGCCGGUGCGGCUCACACCCAAUCAUAAUGACCAACUGCGGCAGUGGAUGAUGCGAGCCACGCUGGACGGCAACACAGAUGCCUUUCAACAUAUUCGGGAAUUACACCGCGAGUGGUCUCAACAUCCAUUAAUGCCGGUGUUGGGGGAUGUGGAGCCGAAGUUCCCAUUGAAUCUAUUUAAACAAAAUCAUAAAGCCAAGAAACGGUUUUUAAUUCGCUGGCACAAGGCGAACACACCUGUGAAUUGGCUGUGGAUGCCGCGGGGACCCACCGUGUUAACGCCACUCCACCGCACGAACCCCGCACAGUAUCCAGAGAAUUGGAAACAAAUGGUGCGGCGAAAGGCAACCGCAGAACGGCAACAACAAUGA